CAGGAAAACUAGUUGAGGAAAAAUGUCGUGCGAGAGAGGUUAAUGCAAUCACGUAGAUAGAUUUCUUUUUCAUAAUACCUUUAAUCUUUUGUUUGUUUUCAUGAUCAGUGUCAGAUGUGCUCUUUUUACAAGUUUUUUCAUCUCACUUAGUGAUUCAUAAUUUAUAAUGGCCCAUGGAGGAUCACCCAGUUUCAGCAAUGAUAUCAUGAAGGGUCAGGUUCAGCUCGUGAUUGCCUCCUUACAGAAGUCAGUGCCCCACAAAAUAUUUUGGCUCAGUGAGGAUUUUGUGGAUGAAGAAAUACUUGAAACAUGUAUCAUCGAAAGCAUAUCAGAAAAUGAAGAAACAUGGUUGCAGCCAGAUUUUUCCGGUAAUGAAAGCUUUGAAGCGGACAGCGUUGAAGGAUGGCUCUCGAAGGAAUCUCCCAAAACUAAUUUUAUUUUGUCCAAUACUGGCAACAGCAAUAAUUAUGCCUCAGGUAUCGGAAAACACCCAAGCCCAUACCUUACAUUUGUACGUCAAAAGAGACCUAAUUUUGAUAUGUCCAAACUAACUUUAGCGCCUAAUAUUUUGGACUCUAAUGUAACUGGUGAUGGAGUUGGAAAUGUAGAUCAUGAAAAUGAUGGCAGCAUGGCAUCUUCCCUAUUACUCGACUCGCACGUUGCACAUUUAGAUAAAACUGGAGUUCUGAAUUUUGAUGACCAAACAGAAUCCGAGUCCUUACAGAACUGUUUAAAUCAAACAUCUGCGUCGGAAGCCAACAGCAUAGGACCAAUGAAACCAGAAAAUCAAAUAAUAAUCAAUAAACAACCCUGUGAGCCAGUUCGGAAAACUCUUACGCCCACAAUUAUGGGCCGCAGUUACACCAAGUUGCCUUGUCAGCAAGUCAGGUAUGACUCACCGCCAACAGUGGAGAGCAUCAGUGAUUCGCUAGAAGAUCUAAAUUUUAACCCCAAAAGAACUUACGAUAAACAGUCUGAGUUUGACUCGCGAACUUACCGAAAGUCAGCAGUCAAAAAUCGGGAAAAGCUAAAAAUGAAUUUCGAAUGGAGUGGAUCGCCCUUCACUCCUUUAAACAAUGGAAACAUCCCAAUGUCAACUCCGCUAGUCUCCAAUAAAACCUCCAAUUCAGAUCAAGGAGUUUUCAAAAGCCCUCUUCAUUUCGACUCUUCAACUUUCAGCCGUAGUCAGCUGAAAAAUCGUCGAGCAGUGCCUUUCUCCGGUUUACAAAUAAAAAACACAGCAAUUCUUCAGUCUGAAUCUCCUGGUGUUUUUGAAACGUUUACAAUUGCUAAACAAAACAAUGGUAUGAUCAACAUAGAUCCUGAAUAUCUUGAAAACAGUCUGGAUUACAUCACUAACGUUCAGACACCGUCGUUCACAAACUUUGAUUUAGAUACCACCCACGAUUCCCCGUUCAAUGUGUCCACUAAUUUAAAUUCAACUGUUAUUUUUGACAACAGAUCAGUUGGAAGUGUUGAAAAUGGACAUGCAGUCCCUACAAACGGUACACAUCAUAGCAAUACAAGCAUGGGUAUCAAAAAUGGCUCUGUUGGUAUUGUUAAUAAUUCAGAUGGAAAUUUUGGCUCGUUUGGCAUUAACAAUGCCACCAUGGACAUCAAUAAUGAUUCAUAUGACAUUAACAAUGCUACCAUUGACAUCAAUAAUGGCUCGCUUGGCGUUUACAAUGCUACUUUUGACAUUAAUGAUUGCACAAUGGGUAUUAACAAUGCUACUAUGGACAUCAAUAACAGCUCGUUAGGCAUAAAUGAUGUUAAUAAAGAGUCUUUGAUUAUCAACAAUGCUUCCACAGGUAUGGAAAACGCGCCUAUCGAUACUCUUAAUGAUACUUUUUGUAUGAAUAAUGGUAUUGAUGAUAGUCGCCAUAUCAACAGUGCAUCCCAAAUAGCCUUAAAUCAAACAUACGACAAUAAUCAAAAUAUUGCAAGUGCCCGGUAUCUGCCGCCUACAUUCUCCACAGAAACGCUAAAUUCAACUUUCGAAGUUCCGAAGGAGCAAUCAUACUUGUCAAAAACACCAAAUUUAGUCAAACGACUGUCAGUAUCACAAGGUGAUGGUCUGGAAAAAAUCGAACCCACCAUCGAAAAUCCCAGAAGAUCUUUCUCUGACCACAAACCAGCAGUUCCUCGAGGGCCGUUAAAAAAUUCAAAACUCUCGUUGCCUGUGAAACGAAGUCUAUAUUCGUCAAAUACUAAUAUUAGGCAGCAAACGGAAGCAGAAGAGCCCCACCUUAAUUUCUCACAUGUAUACAAUAAGACAGCAUCAAACUCCAAAGAAAAUUUGAAAGUCAACAUGAAGAGUGGCUUAAAACGUCCAAUGAGUGUGUUCGAGCGGCAUUCUGAAGUCAAGUAUUACAAUUUAACGGAUAAGAAGAAUGUCUUAAAUUCAACAUUCUGCAAGUCUGCUACUAAUUUGAGUGCUUCCUAUAUUGUUGAGAAAAAUAACUCAGCGGAGGACAUCAGCAGAGGGAGUGCUGACUCCAAGUCAUCCUCUUCGAGUAGCAUAUUGUCAAGUUCAAGUUACGUGUGCAUUUCAACCUCCAAUGGUGCUAACGAGUCACAUUUUGAACUCAAAAAAGGGACAGGAAAUCUCAUUUCUCCUCCUGCAUCAAGUUCAACUCCAAAAAGCAAUGUUGCUAAACGUGUUCAGCCGCGAAACAUUUCGCCAACCUCGCAAUACAGCUCUCAGGAAGAUCAGCUAAACUUCCAGCCGUUCCCAAAUCUGCCAGCGCCUAAAAAUCCAAGCCCUGACAGCACAAAUUUCCCGGACAUUAAUCCCACUGGAACUCAAUUAAUAAUGAAUGAAACCCUUACAGUUGAACCGUCAGCCAAAGCACCACCGAAAUUUUCCUCAGAAUCAACAUUUAUCAGACCGCCAAGGACUUCAGGUUUGAGGAUGCCCUCUGUUCGUCAACCUCCUGCAAGCAGAUUGCCAAUGCCUGCGUCCACAGCUGGUAUUCCUAGAUUUGCAUCCAGACUUCCAACGUUUAGAACCAGGGUUCCUGCACCUGUUAAAAAAUAGUAAAUCUCCGUUUUAAAUUUAAUUUUAUCUGUGUUAUUUUCAUUCAUAUAUUUAUUGCAAUUUUAUUUUUUCUCUAUAAAUUCUGAACGUGAUAAAGAUUAUAGAGCCUUGUAAAUAUUCUGUUUUUUAAGUUAAUUUGUUAUUUGGGGGUGUCUACUGGUUAUUGAAGUCCGAAAAGUAGUAAGAAGUUAGCAUGUCAAAGUAUCACUCCAUGGGGAUAUAGAAGAA